AUGGAAAUAUUUUCAUCACAGGUAACCACAAAAAUAAAGGUCAUAAACAUUGUUUAUAUUUCAUUGACGAGCAUAACUCAGGCUUCCGCUGAGUUCCUUCACAACUGUCACAUAUUUUCUCUGCAGAUCAAGGAUGUAGAAGUCCUCAACUGCGAAUAUGGCAAGAACACAAUUAAGUUCCUUCGCCUUCAUAGAGAAGGGAAGAAGCACUUCGUUAAAGAAGUGGAAGUGUGCACACAUCUCCGGCUGACUUCUGCUCAUGAGUACCUGGAUGGAGACAACUCUCUUGUGAUACCUACCGACACCAUAAAGAAUAUUGUCCUUGUGUUGGCCAAAAAAAAUGGGAUCCCAACUUUAGAACAAUUUGCUAUAGAUAUCUGCAAACACUUCAUGACAACAUUUUGCCAAGUGGCGUACGUCAAAACCUACGUUCAAGAAGUACCAUGGCAACGUCUACACGAGAACGGCAUUCCCCACAUCCACUCGUUUAUAUGCGUUCCUGAUGGGAUCCGCUUUUGUGAAGCUGAGCAGUGCCGAAAUGGUCCUCUGGUUGUUUUUGCUGGAAUUAAAGAUCUGAAACUUAUGAAGACAACACAGUCUGGAUUCGAAGGCUUCUAUAAGAAUGAACACACCACACUUCCUGAAAGGCACGACAGGAUUUUAUGUGGAGAGCUCUUUUGCAAAUGGUCAUAUGGCGAAUGCAGAGAUUUUGACUUUGAUUGCAUAUGGAACAAAAUCCGUGAAUGUAUCCUUGAAGCCUUCGCUGGGCCACCCGACAGCGGGGAAUAUUCACCCUCUUACCAGAAGACUGUCAACUGUAUCCAGAUGCUCAUCCUUUCCAAAGUGUCACAGGUACAGGUCAUAGAAGUCAUCUUGAACAACACUUUUUAUAAUGUCGUAGACAUGAAGAAUCUAGGCUUGACCAAUGACAAAGAAGUUCUGGUUCCAGUGGAAACUCCCUACGGCUCCUGUGCUUGCACGCUCGGCAGGAAGAAGUUCUUAGAAGCACAAGGCCACGUGCUAAAAGAUGAGAGGCAAAGUCAGUUUGGACUGGCAGCUGCCCAGGGAAACUAA